ACGGUUUAGGCGACUCCGGGGAGGCCCUUGCAUUCUGUGAAAAUAGCUGAAUAUAGACUGCUAGAGAUCGCUGUAUUCUUAGAAAAGGACAACGCAAACGGAUUCCGGUACGUUUUGGAGAUAAGAUCAAGGAAUCUGAGAAAUGGAGUCUAUUGGAUGCCCAGUCACACAGGCAAGUCCUUCAAAUGCCGACGUGCAGGUGCCGAACUCUUCAGGUGGAAGUGGCUGGGAAGUGACUGACAUGACUCGAUUGCAGCGUUUUUUGUGCUUUGGGUCAGAAGCGGGCAUGUAUAGUGUCAAGGAGCAGCACCUCAGCGUGGAGAAUGCACAGGUGCUGAUCCGGCUAUUAGAGGAGGGCAGGGGCUGUGAAGUGGUUCAGGAGAUAAAGAAGUUCAGCCAGGAGGGCCGAGCGGCGAGGGUGAACCCCGCCAUUUUUGCCCUCGCAGUCUGCUCACAGCACUCGGAUGUCAAGACCAAGCAGGCGGCCUUCAAGGCCGUGAAGGAGGUGUGCCAUGCUCCCACGCACCUCUUCACCUUUGUCCAGUUCAAGAAGGACCUGAAGGAGGUGAUGAGGUGCGGCAUGUGGGGGCGGGCCUUGCGGAAGGCUGUAGCAGACUGGUACAAUGAAAAAGACGCCAUGAGUCUUGCGUUGGCAGUCACCAAAUACAAACAGAGGAUCGGCUGGUCACACCAGGACCUGCUGAGGCUGUCUCACAUGAAGCCUGCAAAUGAAGGUAUUACAGUGAUCAUUAAGUAUAUAACAAAAGGAUGGAAGGAGGUGCAGGCAGCGUAUGGCGGCAAAGAGAAUUUGGAUGAAAUCACCAAAGUCCUCCAGUAUCUGGAAGCAGUGGAGAAGGUCAAGCACUCUGAGGAUGAGCUGGAAAUCAUCCAUUUGAUAGAGGAGCACAGGCUGGAGCGAGAGCAGUUACUGACCAACCACCUGAAGUCCAAAGAGGUGUGGAAAGCCCUGCUGAAGGAAAUGCCAAUCACAGGAUUGCUGAGAAACCUGGGUAAGAUGACUGCCAACAAGGUCCUCCAGCCAGGAAGUGCAGAUGUUGCAGCCGUUUGCGAGAGGCUCCAAAACGAGUCGGCCCUGAAAAAGGCUAAACUUCACCCCUUCCAUAUCUUGGUGACUUUGCAAACUUACAAGAGAGGCCAUGGAAAUCGAGGGAAGCUGAAAUGGGAGCCAGAUGACGACAUUGUCCAAGCACUGGACAAAGCCUUUUACAAAUGUUUUAUGAAUGUCGAGUCCACCGGGAAGAGGUUUGUUGUGGGGGUAGAUGUCAGCGCUCCCACGAACACGACAGUGUUGGGGAGUUCCAUCAGUGCUGCCACCACAGCUGCAGCUGUGACCAUGGUUGUCACGCGAACAGAAGUGGAUUCCCAGGUCCUCGUCUUUUCUGAAGGAGCAGUAUCUCCCUGUGCGAUCACCACAGACAUGUCUCUGUCAAAAGUAACAGAGGAAUUGGUCAAGCUUCCUGCCCUGAACACUGACUGUGCCCUACCUGUCCUGUGGGCCACAGAGAAUGAGAGGGCAGCUGACAUCUUCAUUGUCUUCACCAACAAUGACACCUGGUUUGGGAAGGUCCACCCAGCAGAGGCCCUGAGGAUGCACAGACAUAAAAUGGGUGUGCACUCCAAGUUGAUAGUAUGCGGGCUGGCUGCAAACUGCCUGGGCGUGGCGGACCCAGAUGACAGGGGCAUGCUGGAGAUCUGCGGCUUCGACUCUGGGGCUUUGGACGUCAUCGGCAACUUUGCUCGGGAUCUGAUCUGAAAGUGGCACCAGGGGAGGGGGGGAACAAACAGACAUUUAACAGAACUGUGAGGUGGACUGAAUUUUGUAAAGCACUGUGCCCCAAAAAGAAAAACACUAACCUUUUGCAAAAAAAAAAGAAAGUAAACAUUAAAUUCUAAAUGGUGCAUAUAUCAGUUGCCUAACUGAGUAACUGAAGGAAAAAGAAAAAAAUGAUUUAAACCAUUUUGUGUCCAGCAGGCUGGACAGAUCUGUGUAUUUAAAUGAACAAUGUUAAUGUUAUGGACUGGGGGUGGGGUCUAGGAGGGAGGGGAAGCGUCUGAGUAUCAAGUUACAUUGUAAUGUAAUUUUUCGUGUAGGGUUCAUGAUGCAGGAGAUGCAGGAGGGAUUUCCUUUUCAAAAAGCUGAGCAAUGGCUAAGAGAAGGGCUGGGUGGAUUUUACUGUAACAGAUGAAUCCUUUAGCUAAAACAUUACAUGCGUGCUGCUAAUAACUAACACUUGAUAGAUGAAGGUUUUUGUGUGCCAGAGAAUGUAAACUACACAAUACUUUUGUAGGUUUUUUUGCAACACAAUAUGAUGUUGAUAUCCAUGAUAUAUAAUAUCAUGGAUAUAUGUGUCUACAGUCAGGUCUUACUUCCUGUUUUUUGCUUUUUAUGUAUUAUUUCUUCCCUUCCUAACUGUCAUUCCCUUGGCUCAAACAGCUCAAGGGGGAAAAACUCAAUUAUCAAAGUGGAGGAGGCUGAUGGCUGGUAUUAAAUGCUCAGUCAAUGAGAGUCAUGUUGUAAUUUUUUUUUUUUUCUAUGGUGAAUCGCACAGUCGGAAAACAUUUAGUUGCAAGAACAGUGGGAUCACUCUGUUUCCGAGCAGUUUCAAAUUCCUUUUGCAGUUCCAUUGUUCUUUUCACCUUCUUU